ACUUUGCAGAUUUACACAGCUUCCUUGAGUGUUUCGUUAAGGGAGGACGUGCGUGAGGUUAUGUAGAGACGGAAGCAGCCUCACUAUCCCUAGUGUUGCAAACUGAAUGAGUGGGGAUACUACAGUGGUAAAAAUGUCUUCUAUGUGUGACUUUGUUGUGCUCCACACUGGGCAGAAGAUCCCUCUUAUAGGACUGGGCACCUGGAAAAGUGAACCCGGCCAGGUGAAGGAGGCAGUGAAGUAUGCUCUUGGUGCAGGUUAUCGUCACGUUGACUGUGCUACAGUUUACAACAACGAAGCAGAGAUAGGUGAAGCCUUCCAGGAGAGCGUCGGGCCAGAUAAGCCUGUUAAGAGGGAGGAGCUAUUUGUGACAUCAAAACUAUGGAAUACCAAGCACCACCCAGAAGAUGUGGAGCCAGCCUUAAAGAAAUCUCUGAAAGAUCUGAAACUGGAUUACCUGGAUCUGUAUCUCAUGCACUGGCCACAUGCCUUCGAACGAGGAGAUACUCUUUUCCCAAAGAACCCUGAUGGGAUGAUGCGUUUUGACUACACUGACUACAAGGAAACUUGGAAGGCUAUGGAGAAGCUGGUGGAGAAAGGUCUGGUGAAGGCCAUUGGACUGUCCAACUUCAACAGCCGUCAGAUUGAUGACAUCCUCAACAUGGCUGCUAUCAAACCAGCUGUACUACAGGUGGAAUGUCAUCCCUACCUUGCUCAGAAUGAGUUAAUAGCUCAUUGUAAUAAGCAAGGGCUGGUAGUAACAGCAUACAGUCCCCUUGGCUCUCCUGAUCGAAUGUGGAAGCACCCUGAUGAACCAGUACUUCUAGAAGAAUCUGGGAUCAAAAAACUGGCAGAAAAAUAUGGCAAAUCACCUGCUCAAAUCCUCCUCAGGUGGCAAGUACAGCGUAAGGUGGUUUCCAUUCCCAAGAGCGUCACUCCAGCCCGCAUUCUGCAAAAUCUCCAGGUAUUUGACUUUAAUCUCACAGGAGAAGAGAUGGAUCACAUUGGAACCUUGAACAAAAACUGGCGAUACAUUGUGCCAAUGGUUACAGUGAAUGGAAAACUAGUAGCAAGAGAUGCUGGACACCCCCUUUAUCCUUUCAAUGACCCCUAUUAACUACAGUAGAUUGGGUGUUAGACUAGGACUCCGUGCACUCGUUCCUGUUCUUUUUGCAGAUACGCGGCUGCUACUCGGAAACCUGUUCCUAAGCUAAUUGUUGCCAUUGUUUAUCAAAAAUCUUUCCAAAUAAAAUCUGAUGUUCUAAAUAUUAGGCUUCUGUGGGUUUCCUUGUAGCAUAGUAUAUUAUGUAUAAUGCAUCCUCUUCCUCCCGAUGAUGUAAUACCUACAUCAGUGCUCACAAGGCUUAUUAUAAUACACUGUAUGCUCCUGCUAUGAGGAAAUGUAUGAUGUCCAUGGGAGCAGGCGAGGGAAUCGAUAUCAUGAAAGAUGUACAGACCCUGAAAAUAUAAAACUAGGAUAAUACACUAGUUUUGAAUGGGGAUAUGUGCAUAAAACAAUUCUGAAGUCUUUCACAAGUGUGUGGAUUAAAACUGAAAUAAUGGGGUUUAGUUCAUAUAAUUAUCUUAUUUCUUUGGGGCUAUACAGGGGUCUGUAAGAUUUACUCUUCCUUCCCUGGCUUUAUUUGCCUGUUACGGAAAAAUAAAUGCAGAGCAUGGCUCUAGUUCA